UUUUAACUAUAGUACUAACCAACAAAUUUCAACACACUGCAAUGAGACUUCUUUUAUUAAAUAAUCACAGAAAGAUAUUAAUUAAUACGUAUCAGAGAUUAUAUUCACAUACUUCUUUGAAGCCUCCAUGGGAUGUGUUAUUCUUUGGCACGGAUAACUUCUCUUUAGAAAGUCUUAAAACUCUUCACAAAUCAUCAUUAGAAAAAACUAGUCAGGUUAUAAGAAAAUUAGAGGUAGUAACCACUUCUAACAAUAGUUAUGUAAAAAAGUAUGCUGAACAUCAUCAAAUUCCAAUUCACAACUGGCCAUUACACUCACCCGAAGAAACAUGCAAACAAUUUCUAGUUGGAGUUGUUGUUUCAUUUGGAAAUUUAAUUCCCAAGCAUAUAAUAGAAGCAUUUCCACUUGGGAUGAUAAAUGUUCAUGCAAGUUUACUGCCAAGAUGGAGGGGUGCAGCUCCAAUAAUCCAUGCACUGGCAGCAGGUGAUACUAAAACAGGUAUAACAAUCAUGAAGAUACGUCCGCACAAGUUUGACAUCGGUGAGAUAAUCCACCAAGAAGAAAUUUCUAUUGAUGAACAAAUAAAAAUGCCAGAAUUGCACGAUUCACUCGCGAAAAUUGGUGCUAAAAACCUUCUAGAUGUUUUAAAACAUUCACCAAGUAUUCUAGAAACAGCCAGGAUACAAGAUUCACACAUUGCUACACUCGCACCGCGUAUAAAUUCCAAAAUGGCCGACAUCGAUUUCACUCAGCAGAAAGCCAAAGAUUUAUACAAUUUGAGUCGCGCCCUGACCGGUGUCUACCCACUUGUGACCAGUUAUAAAGCCCAGAAGGAUAUGAAGGGAAGAUUCGUGGGUGUUUUAAACAAUAUGAAGACAUUGGUGAUCUGUGUGAGCGUUUUUAUAAGACUAACACUUGUAUUAAUAACAAAAGCGAAAAAAAUUAAGAAUUAAUCUUCUGGGUUGUCGUGUUUUUCUUCUACGACGACAUCUUUAUCGUUGUCAACGGAUUUUUUCCGUAGCAUGCCGGGUUUGUAGAUUUGCAUUGCUGGACGGUCCUUGUUACGAAUCCUACGCUGGGUUCUCGGGUCGUUUUCCCUUGGUUUUCGUCCCGAACAUUCACCAUCUUCAUCCUUCUGUGUGUUGUCCGAUUUUUUGGCAUGCUUUUUAACUUCUGGUUUGGUUUCUGGUUUUUCGCCGUUAUCAGCGGCGCGUUUGGCUUCUUCUUUGGAAGCUUCGACGAUUUUGCGUUCCUCACGACGUUCGCUGUAUUUCUUCACCUUUUUCUGUUGCUCACAUUUAACUUCCGGUUUUGGAGUGUUCUCAACGCGGAAAUGUUGCUCUCGUUGUUGUUUUACAUCCCUGUUACGAUCCUCGAACUUGAAUUUAUUCUUCUUCUUGUCUUUAUCGUCAUAUUUUUUGUUUUUAAAUGUUUUCUCUUGUUUUGGUUUUGGGUCAACCUUCUCUUUUUUUGUUUCUGCAGUUGAUGGUUUAGCUUCCACCGAAACUAAAUCUUCAUCUGUUUCUUUAAAGUUAAGUUCCUCAGUGUUAUUUUUAUUUUCUUUCUCGUUAUCGCGUUCUUUCUGCUCCUUUUUGGCAACGUUUUUCUGUUUCUUUUCGUCUAGUCGUUUCUUCCUAUCCUCUUCUCGUAAUUUCUUCUUUUCCUGUUCUUUUUUGCGUCGUUCUUCGCGUUUUUCUUCACGCACACGCAAUCUCUCAACUUUUCUUUGUUUUAAAUAAUCCAACAGAGGUGUGGUCAUAUCAUUCUUAUUCUCUGUGUUUGUCAAAUUCAGAUUGUACUCUGGUUUCUCCUCCUGAUUGGGUUGUUCAAUCAAUGAUUCCAGGAAUGCUAUGUAAGCUGGAUCAGAUUCAAUGGUGGCUGUUUUUAAAUCAGCGCGUUGUUUGCGUUUCUUGGGAACUUUUUGGAAUGAGGCAUAUUCUACAACUGCAGCAUAUUCAUGACCAUUUCCAUCAAUGAAGACAUAGUUGUCAAAUUUUUCCUUAAAAAUGUAAAUGUCUUCUUGAUUUGUGAAAUUUACGUACACUCUGGCAAAUGCAUUCCCACCCAGGGAGUUGUCCCCUUUGAUGGUGUAGAUGUAAUUGUAGUUUGGGAUUGGAGAGACUUGAUUCAGAAACUCUUCCUGGGUCAUUGAUGGUGGUAGUCUCCUGAUUACAACCUUAGUUGCAGGCUUGUCCUUUUUGUCCACUUUGUUCUGGGAUUGUGCGUCAUUUUUGUCACGUUUUGUUGCUUCAUUCUCCGUCAGUACCAUUGCUGGAAAUUGUUACAAUAUGUGCUAAUCAGUGGUUCAAGUUUGGUUGAUUUAACGAAUCUCACCGUAGUUUUAUUGCAAACGCAAUAGCAAUACUAACACCAAGGAGGUUAUGAUUAAACAAAUGUAUUUACUGACACGGUGUAGAUAUCCAGCUCAAAAUGAAACUUGUCUUCUUGAAGUAAUAAUUCUGCAAUAAAAACAAUAUCAAAAUGUC